AUGUCCGCCCCUUGCGCGCUGCUCGCCUGGGCCCUCCUGGCUCUCCUCGGACUUGGACUCGGAGGGCCUAGAGAAGAACCCCCAAACCUCUGUUGCCCCAUAGUGCCCCGGAGAGAGUGGAGGGCCCCGGCGUCCAAGUGCUCCAAGAAGUUGAGACUGCCCGUGCGCUACGUGGUGGUGUCACACACGGCCGGCAGCCCCUGCGACUGCCCGGCCUCGUGCCUGAAGCAGGCCCAGAACGUGCACAGCUACCACUCGGGGACGCUGAACUGGUGUGACGUGGGCUACAACUUUCUGAUCGGAGAAGAUGGGCUUGUGUAUGAGGGCCGGGGCUGGGACACCAAGGGCGAUCACACAGGCCCCACCUGGAACCCCAUCUCCAUUGGCAUCUCCUUCAUGGGUAACUACAUGGAGCGGUCACCUCCACCCCGGGCCCUCAGGGCGGCCCAGAGUCUGCUAGCUUGCGGUGUGGCUCAGGGAAAACUGAGCCCCAGAUACGAGGUCAAGGGACACCGGGAUGUGCAGCGCACACUCUCUCCAGGCGACCAACUCUAUGGGAUCAUCCAGACUUGGCCACACUACCACGAGUGACACCCUAUCUCCUCCACACCUGGAAACCCCACCGCCUCCCCCUCCAAUAAAGGUGCAGCUCAAACUGUG